AUAUCUAUCAGAGUCACUGUCCUGCCAUCCAGAACGAAGAGGAGUAGCAGCUUCGACUUCUGUGCACGACUUUAGACCGUACCCGACCUUGCCUUGAUGAACUGAAAACUUUGCAUCCGUAAUGCUGAGAUGACUUCGAAGUGAGACGCAUUGUGUUUCAUCGCAAUGACCUACGUCAUGGAUGAAUGAAUAUAUAAGGGUGAAGGUAUGCCGUAAUGCUCUGCUAGAAAUAGCUGCUUGGAAUACGUCGCAGGCAUUGCAAAGCCAUGCUCUCGCGUGCUGCAUUGUUUAGCCUCGCAGGUUGCUUCGAGGCCAGCGUAAAGAAGAUUACUUUCGCUGACGCCCAUUCAAUCCUCAUGUGGAGUGUUCAGCUCAGACGAGGCAAAUAGCCUUCGAAAGCGAUUUUCGAGAGUACACGCAGAAGCCUUUCCACAUCAAAGAUCAUACCGUGUUUACCACAUGGCGCAGGGUCCUGCAUGUUCACCAGAUGUAAAUACUUCAGAACCGUCUGUCAAGGUCCUCAGCGAGGAAUGCACUCUAUCAUUCGACCGUCAACAACUAUGUUUGGAACAAGCAAGGACGUAGCGAAAAGUCUUCCUGCACAUGUGGCAGUCAUGGGGUGCACGGGCGCCGGAAAGACAACAUUCAUCAACCUAGCUAGCAACUCAGACCUUCGUGUCGGUGUUGGUUUGGAGUCGUGCACCGAUGCUAUCCAGAUGUCCAAGACAUUCAUUCUCGAUGACAUGGAAGUCACCUUGGUCGACACGCCUGGAUUUGACGACACUUCCAAGAGUGAUGCUGAGAUCCUCAACAUCGUCUGCGACUUCCUCUCCUCAGAAUACCACCAUGGUCGCAGACUUCAUGGAGUGAUAUAUCUGCAUAGGAUUUCAGACAACAGGAUGGCUGGGAGCGCCAUGCGCAACCUCCGAUUCUUUCGGCAGUUGUGUGGAGACGAUGCUCUUACGAAUUGUGCGGUUGUAACAAGCAUGUGGGAUUCGGUAUCCCCGCAAGUCGGAGCGGAGAGGGAAGAAGAGCUCAAGUCGAAGGAGAAUUUCUUCAAGCCCAUCCUUGAUAGUGGUGCAACUCUUUUUCGACACGACAAUACUAUUGAAUCCACUCAUCAAAUAAUCCGACCUCUGAUUCACAAGGCUCCCAUUGCGCUAGCUAUUCAACGUGAAUUGGUUGACGAAGGGAAGCGUGUCUUUGAGACAAGCGCAGGAAACACACUAUUAGGGGAGAUUGCCGCACUGGAGAAGAAACAUCAAGAGGAACUUCAAAGGCUGGAGGUGGAGAUGGCAGAGGUUAUGGAACAACAUGAUGAGGAAACGCAGCGUGAGAUCGAAGAGGCGAAGCAGGAAUUGCUGGAGACACAGCAUCGACUGGAGCAGGAACGAGAAAGAAUCCUCAAUGCGACAUCGACGGCCAAAAGGCAGACGAAGAGUAACAGUUUCUUUCAUUUUCUUCGUCUGUUCUUUCGGCCUUUCUGGUGCUGCAUUCGGAAUCCUACUCGCAAGGAAGAUCAUGAUAUUGUCUAAUCUUAGGAUUGGUGAUGUUGUGAGGCUGGUGAUAGUUGUUGAUGCAGCGAUAUUGCUGUUAGUAGGGCAUUAUGGGACAGCACUGUGGUGUAAGUGACCCCUGUUUGUAUUUAUUCAAGCUGAGUUUGGAGGAACGGCUCUGAAUCGAUUACAUGUCAUUACUG